ACUGAUUAUCAAUUUAAAAAAAAUGAGUGGAUGAUGAUUUCUAUUUCAGUUUUCUGAAGACUCUCGAACUGAACAGACAACUGCUUAAAAAUGAUUUUACAAUGGCAAAUUAUCUUUUGCCUUAUUUUUACGGUAGCAUACAUAACUGCAGAUUCAGAUAUCAAUCCAACGUGUUUGCUUAAUUAUUUACAUGAAAAUCAAAUAAUUAUAGGUGGCUUUAGAGGAUUCAAGGCAAGAAAGACACAAUUUAAUGAACCCGACGCAACUUGUAAUGAACGAAUUGAGUCAUUCAAUAACAACAUGUAUGAUGAAUUAUUGAGACUUUUAAGAAAUGAACAUGAAACAGCUGAAAUUGCUGAUUGUAUCAUUGAUCAAUUGAAAGUUUUGAAAUACGGAGAUCUUCAGCUGCAGAAACUUUUUUAUGAGGGCUCAAAAACUAUUUCAAAAAGAAAGCGCAAAAAUAAAUUGAAGUCAAUCGAAUUUUCAAUUGAUAAACAGUUGGAAAUUUCUUUAAAGAUCUGUUCACCCGAAGAUAUUUUUGGAGAAUUUUUUGAUGAACUUUACAACAGCGCAAAUCAAACUUCUGAUGAGGACAGUGCUGAGUCAGAUUAUUGUCUUAAAAAACAUUUAAGCGACACAAAUUUCUACAACAAAACGGCUUACGUCAUCGAUAUGAAUCCUAAAAAUAUCGACAUUUCUCAAAUAAACUGUGACGAUGAAUAUAAAAUCGCCCUUGACGCAUUCGAAGAAGCUUUUGAAGAGGAACUGCAAAUGGAAAUGAGAAAAAGUCCAAAAAAUACUAAAACUUGCGUCACAAAUGCAAUUAGAAGCACAAAAAGUUUAGAACACAAUUUAUUUGCUGCUAUACUUGGAGAAAUUGGAGUUACCGCUGACGAAAGGGCAAAAGAACGAGCAAAAUAUGUUACAGCAAUGGAUCAAAUGUACUCGAAGCUAAUGAAGUGCAAUUAUUAAUCAAAUCUACUUUGAUCGUUUUAAUUUCUUUUUCGCAUGUAUUUGGAUUGUUAUUAUUCACAGAAUUAUUUAAGUUCAAAAUGUCGUGUCGAAAAAAGAAAUAAAAAAGAAAUAAACUGAUAAGACGAAUUUCAUAAGCUUUCGUUGAAGAACGUAUAAAUCAACAUUUUAAUUUCAAUACCAGUUUGCAUUAAAAUUAUGUACUCUUGAAUUAUGUGGAAUGAAAUAAUCUUUGAAUUGUUUGGUAUGAACUUUAUACAAGCUAAUUCAUCAAAUCAAUUACUGAUUGCAUCAUUGAUCAAUUGGGAUUCUAAAAGUAAGCAGAUCUCCAGCUCAAGGGAUUUCUUGAAAAGAAAGCAAUAUUUACAUCAAAAGCACAACAUGGAAAUGAGGAAAGAAACGAGAAUUAAAUGAUUUUUUACUUUAAUUGUCUCUGUUUACAUAAUUCAAGUUCAAAUGUCAAAAACAAACUGAUAAGAUAAGUUUCAUAUAUUCUGAAAAAUUCACAAAUAAAUUCUUAAAUAUUAAUUCAGUAAGCUUUAGAAUUACCUACAGUUGAGGUCGAAUAAAUUCAUUUUCGAUUACAAAA